AUGGACCCCGUCAUCAUAACGCCGGAUGACGUAGCUGAGGCGGUCCGUAGAGCCCCGAACUGGAAAAGUCCGGGACUCGACAGACUGCAUCACUACUGGCUGAUGGUGUGUCACGCUGUGCUCGCCCGUCAGUUUCAAGAGGCUCUCAACCAGAAGUCGCUCCCUAGCCUCUUUACUACUGGGAUCACUCAUUUGGUUCCUAAAGACCAGCUCAGAGGUAAGAAUAUGGAACAAGCAAAAAUAUCAUCUCAAGAACUUAUGAAUCAGCUGAAUUUAGCUAAUAAAGCAUUGUGGACUACGUCCGACCUACCUGAAGCCACCUUGCGGCGGUUGCAAAUUGGCUGCGCGCUUUGCGGGAAUCCAAGUUUAGUACUGCUGGACGAACCUACAUCUGGGCUUGAUGUGGAAUAUAGAAGGGAAAUCUGGGAUAUGCUGCUCAUCUCAAGAUUGGAAAGAGUAUGUGCUGCUUGCUGGAGAUCAGCUACAAGAGAAUUUCGUGAUCAGCACGACUCCAAUCGCCCUAGUCUGUCAGAAGCUAUUUUGCCUGAUGUUGGAUCUAGUAGCGAUCUCAAUAUUCCUGAGCCGCCCCCUCUUCCACAACAAAACCUACACACUACUCAUGUUAGAUCAAAUCCAACAAUUACGUCUUCUGUGUAUAAGCGUGCUGCUAGCACAUCCAAACACUGUAUAUUUGUUAAUUGUUUUGAAACAGAGCGUUUACUAGUACCCUCAUCUAAAAAAGAUCUGUUAUUACUUAAUAAUAAAUUCUAUGUGCCACCAGCAGCACGAAUCUGUCUACACCACCUGGAUCAUGGCCGUUGGAGCGAAUUAACUUCCCAGCUAAAAGAUUUUACUGGUAGUCAAUUUGACUCAAUUAUGAGAAUAAUGCAGUGA